CUGACGCCAAAAACGACCGAUAACAUAAACGUAGGGUAAAAUUACACUUUGCCGAAUUAAUGCCUGUUGUGUCGUAAUGCCACAAUUAGAGUUUGAGUUAAACAUAAAGCUGUUAUUUCAUAAAAUCAGGGGAGCAAACAUUUAAAGUUAGCCGGCUGGCUCUCAUUUACAGGUCUGGCACCAUGCUAGAAGGCUACAGCGCGAUGACGCAGGCCCUGCUGGGGACUCUGUUCACCUGGGGCCUGACUGCUGCCGGAGCAGCCCUGGUGUUUGUCUUCUCCAGCCGACAGAAGCGCAUCUUGGAUGGAAGUUUAGGCUUCGCAGCUGGGGUAAUGUUGGCUGCUUCCUAUUGGUCAUUGCUGGCCCCGGCGAUCGAAAUGGCAGAGGAUUCUGGGAAAUAUGGCUCAUUUGCUUUCUUGCCCGUGGCUGUGGGAUUCACACUUGGAGCGGCCUUUGUUUACUUCGCUGACCUGGCCAUGCCCCUACUGGUAAGAACAGUCUGAUUCAGUCUUCAGUGAA